GUAAUGACGCAGAGCCGAAUCUUCGGAAAGGCAAAACUUCAGACUAGAGGUCUACGGCAAACUGAAUACCGUUAAAAAACAAGCCCACGGGCAUACAUUAUAUACUUUGUGGUGCUGCCGGCUCCCUCCACCACCUUUCGGCAUCUCCGUCACCUUCACGUCAACGAUAUAUACACCAAUACACCUCGGAUCGGGACAAUAACCUAACAAUUCCUCCUCACCUCCAUAUAUCGACUUCUCACCUUUUCACGGCGGCAUUUAAUAGAUUUUCUUUCGUCGCAUUGCAAUCCCUUUCUGCUUUUCAGCCCUCUUCACCGGUUCCUCCGCCGCCGGCGAUGCGCUCAUUUUCCAGGUGAGGUUUUGAGCUUUGAGCGUCAGAAAUGGCUACCCUUGAAGACAUUUGUUAUUCGGCAGCUAUCAAUCUCCUAUCCGCAAUUGCCUUUCUCUUCGCAUUUGCGAUGCUAAGGCUUCAGCCGGUGAACGACAGAGUAUACUUCCCUAAAUGGUAUCUCAAAGGGAUACGAGGGAGCCCAACACACCAUGGGGGGUUUAUGAAGAAGUUUGUGAAUCUGGAUCCUAGAACCUACAUAAGGUUUUUGAACUGGAUGCCUGCAGCAUUGCGGAUGCCAGAACCUGAACUUAUUGAGCACGCUGGACUUGACUCUGUAGUCUAUAUACGGAUUUACCUUAUGGGGUUGAAAAUAUUUGUUCCUAUAACAUUUCUCGCUUGGGCUGUGUUGGUCCCAGUCAAUUGGACUGGUGGAACACUGGAUAAGAUAAAAGAUUUGACAUUCAGUGAUAUCGACAAGUUGUCAAUAUCAAACAUCCCAGAAAACUCUAUAAGGUUCUGGGCCCAUGCGUCAAUGUCAUAUGUCUUCACGUUUUGGACAUUUUUUGUGAUCUACCAUGAGUACAAAGAAGUAGCGAACAUGCGCCUGCAGUUUUUGGCUGCAGAAAGUCGUCGUGCCGACCACUUCACCGUUCUUGUGAGAAAUGUUCCUGCAGAUCCAGAUGAAUCAGUGACAGAUCACGUCGAGCACUUUUUUUGUGUUAAUCAUCCCGAACACUAUCUCCUUCACCAGGUGGUAUACAAUGCGAACAAGCUUGCAGAUGUGGUUGAGGCGAAGAAGGCGAUGAGGAAUCGGUUAACCUAUUAUCAGAACAAAUACGAUAGAAACCCUUCUACAAGGCCAACCACAAAGUAGACAGGCCUGUGGGGUAUGAUAGGGAGCACAGUGGACGCAAUUGAGUACUAUGAAUCUGAGAUUGAUAAGUUGAUCAAAGAGGAAGAGUUGGAAAGGGAAAAGGUUCUAAGUGAUGCUAAUGCCGUUAUUCCAGCAGCAUUUGUAUCUUUCAAAUCUCGAUGGGCGGCUGCGGUUUGUGCACAAACUCAGCAAUCGAGCAACCCAACAAUGUGGUUGACUGAGAGAGCUCCUGAGCCACGUGAUGUAUACUGGAGUAACCUUGCCAUACCAUAUGUGGAGCAUACUAUUCGAAGGUUUCUCAUGGCGGUUGCUCUCUUCUUCUUGAUCUUCUUCUUUGUCAUUCCUAUAGCGUUUGUCCAGUCUUUGGCCACCAUCGAGGGGAUUGAAAAGGUUUUCCCUUUCUUGAAGCAUCUUAUAGAAGCGGAUUCCAUCAAAUCCAUAGUCCAAGGAUUUCUUCCGGGAAUCGCUCUGAAAAUAUUUCUCAUCAUACUUCCGACGAUCCUCAUGUUGAUGGCCAAAAUAGAAGGAUUCCACUCACUGUCAUCUUUGGAUAGGCGAGCAGCUUCAAAGUAUCACUUGUUCCUUCUCGUCAACGUCUUCCUUGGUAGCAUCAUUACAGGGACGGCAUUGGAGCAGCUGAAAACAUUCAUGAAACAGUCUGCUUCGGAAAUCCCUCAAACAAUUGGUGUGUCGAUUCCAAUGAGAGCCACUUUCUUCAUCACUUACAUAAUGGUGGAUGGUUGGUCGGGAAUAGCAGCUGAGGUCCUGAGGUUGGUGCCAUUGAUCAUCUUUCACUUGAAGAACACGUUUUUGGUGAAGACCGAGCAAGAUAGAGAGCAAGCAAUGGACCCUGGUUGCAUAAGCUUCCCCAUAUCGGAGCCUCGAAUACAGCUUUAUUUCAUGCUUGGUUUUGUUUAUGCCGCAGUCACACCCUUAUUGCUCCCUUUCAUCCUCGUCUUCUUCGCCUUCGCCUAUGUCAUAUUCCGCCAUCAGAUCAUCAAUGUGUAUGACCAAAAAUACGAAAGUGGAGCAGCUUACUGGCCAGAUGUGCAUCGGCGCUUGAUCAUCGGUCAACUGAUAGCUCAGAUGCUCCUAAUAGGUCUGCUGAGCACAAAGGGAGCCGAGGAACUGACACCUUUUCUCAUCCCUCUCCCUGUUUUGACAAUUUGGUUCCACAAGCUCUGCAAAGGCCGCUUCGAAUCCGCCUUUGUGAAGUUCCCAUUACAGGAAGCUAUGGUGAGGGAUACGCUGGAACGAGCUACCGAACCAAACCUGAAUUUGAGAACAUACCUUCAUGAUGCCUACAUUCAUCCGAUUUUCAAGCAUGACCCGUCUGAAAAAACAGAGACGAUGAUCUAUGACGAUGAGGAAGACAAUCCGCUUGUUGCUACUAAGCGAAGCAGUAAGUUCGUGUCGGAUGUCAGUUCUGGGUCUGGUUCCUGAUAUUAGAAAGAAAAGAGCAAAGGAAUGAAUGAUCUUUUUUCGUAUUCAUUUAUACUUUUUUUCAUUUUUAUACACAUAUUCAUUCUUUACAUGAACUGAAUAAGGGCCAAGAUUAAUACCACACAACUGUCACAGCAUAUGCUGAUACCGAAAUGCUGUUGUAGCCACCCCUGGGAUAAUGGACAUUAGUGAGUUACUACUAGCUCAAACUUAGGCCUAAUACUCGGCCAGUUGGUUGCGGGAACUCAUCCUCGACCUUGCUCUGUGACCCUCCUCCAACACUACUCCGAGAUCGCCGAGCCCGGAUCCACGAUUGAUGAAUACUAAUGCAUUGUAAUAGGAUGUGUAAUGCAACUUGUUGAGUCACAUACUUGCUUUAGUCGGUCUCAUUUCUAAUGUCAUGAUAUUGUGUCAUGUCUCAGUUUUUUUGGUUUUCACCGGGUUAUACCUGGUAACUUUUACCCAAACACUAGCAACUAGAAUCCGAAUCGGCCAUUUUCGGUCGUAAUCGAGACGGUUUAAACUGUGCGGUAUAAUGUUUGACGACAAAUUGUAACUAGAUUUCCGGCCCUGGCCGAUGCCAGAUAUGGUGUUAUCACCCUGCUAAUAUUAUUUACAAAGUCGAU